AUUAUCUCGCCGUGUACUCGGCAGACGAGUAGUGACGUGAAACUGACACCGUUUAUUUUUGGCCUUAAAUGCAGUUUCGCUUCUCUCUCCGUGAAGCUUCAUUGUUGACUGGACAUCAUGGUAUGGGAGGUGGUGACCCCGGCUGUACUGUCCAACGACCCCAAACAUCAGAGCGUGCGGCAUUCUGAGCCUCAGGGUGAACACACAGUAGUUAUGAUGGAUGCUGAUGGAGACCAAUCACAUGACCUGCUCUGCUUUGAGGAACGCCUGCCCUCCUCACCUGGCUUCCCCACCAGUGACAGCUACAUGGAAUACGACGACCUCCCAGACCUGCAGGAGGUUCAGGAGGAGGCGGAGCCAACAGUGCCACCUGUCUACCAGGUGGACGUGGGUGUGUCACACCAUGAGCGACAUGCACACACGCAGCCUCCUGACACGCACUGGCUGACGCAGCUGGCUCACAUCGCCACUGGACCUCAGAGCCCACUGCUGCAGGACUCUCCCAACAGCAGCUCCUCCUCGGCCUGCCUCUCCAGCACCAGCAGUAAUCUACAUUCCUACGCUCGGCCUCCUCCCCCUCUCUCCAGCAGCUCAUCGUCACCCCCCAGAGGUCAUGGCAGGGAGCGUCGGCGCAGCAGGAAGAGCAGUGAGUGUGGCUCCGCUGUGUCAACCAGAUCCUCUCUGUCCGAUGAUGAAGACAUGGGCUGGAGCUUCUCCUGUCCACCCACUGCCUGGCACUGCUUUCUCAAAGGCACCCAUCUGCGUUUCCACAGCGGCUCUAAUGUGGAGUGGCAGGAUGUCGAGGACAUGGACUCCGCUGAGGAAGACUCUGGUGACGAGGAACAAUUCAGGUCUCUGAAGAGUUAUGGCUCUGAGGGUCUGCAGCUUGUGCAGCAUUCAGAGAUUGUACUGUCUGGUCAGACUGUCCUACAGCUGACCUUUGACCCCGGGGCAUUUGGACAUGCCCUCAUGACCGCCCGCUGCCAACUUGAUCAUCCCUUCUAUGUAAAAAACAAAGGGUGGUCGUCAUUUCACCCAAGCUUGACCGUGGUGCAUUAUGGGAUACCGUGCUAUGAAAUGGAGGUGGGAGAUGUGUGCCUUCCUCCAGGACACAGAGAUGCCAAACACACCGACGACUCGCUGGUCUUUGACACAUUCAGGAGUUAUGAUUUCACUCCUCUGGACUCGUCUGCUGUUUACGUGUUGAGCAGUAUGGCCAGAAGGCGGCGUGUCUCACAGUCGAGCGGGGAUGCCAUUUCUCCAGACAGAGACACAUUACAAGCAGACGCCCACAGUCCCGGUUACUCCCACUCUCCUCGUCAAAAGCCAACCAAAAACCAGCAAACCGGCGCAGCAGGAAGCAAUAACGCAACGCCCAAUAAGUGCAAGCGGCCAAUGAACGCCUUCAUGCUGUUUGCCAAGAAGUUCAGGGUGGAGUACACACAGAUGUACCCAGGCAAAGACAACAGAGCGAUCAGCGUCCUCCUCGGGGAGCGGUGGAAGAAAAUGCGAAGUGAGGAGCGGCGGGCUUUCACUUUGCAGGCCAAAGCCCUCGCAGACGAACAGAAAAGACUCAACCCAGACUGCUGGAAACGCAAACGAACCAACUCUGGUUGUCAGGGAAAUUAAGGCUGCAGACAGGAAGAGAGCGACUGGCACAGCCUGUUGGAGAACACACACACACACACACACACACACACACACACACACACACACACACAUUCAGAGGUGACAAGGAAAGGAGAUCUAUGCAUAACCUUAUGUAAUGCUUCAAUAUUAUAUUUUGUUAACAACAGACUUGCCUUGAUCUCCAAAGUAAGGCUUUAAUUCAGUCUUCUCACAGAUCUCGUCACAGUGAAAAGAGCAUCAAGCUGCUCUCCAUAAAUGUCACUUCCUUUUCUCUUGCUUUUAAAAGGUGCUAAAUGUAACAAUUUAAAGUGGUGUAAAACGUGAUCUGUUUAUAGUUACUAUAUCAAGUUAUAAAAACAUUACAUUAAUGCUAAAGAGCACCAUAGCGUCUCCCUCCAGAUAUAUUUCAUUCCAAAUGAAAUUACAAAGCAGGUCAACCGAUGACUGGAGUGCAGCUCCACGAGUGAUUUUACAGGAUUGUGACAGUACCUUUAAAAAAAACAGAGAUUCUGCUUAUUUUCAGUUUCUCAUCAUGUGCUUGAAAACAGGUGGAAGUUGUGGUGCUGUAGCAUUUUAGUUUAAGUAGAGAAUGUAGCUAUUUUCCCAAAAUUAUAUAUUAUAUACAAAGAAAUAUAUGAAGUAUUUUCUUGCCUGUAUUACUUGCAUUUGCACAGUGUAUUGCACAAAACUACAUAUUUUAACUUUGCUUUUUGUGUAAUUUAUCACGCAAUAUUUAGUCCCGGGGUUUAACUGGCUUCUCCUAAAAAGAGAGAGAGAGAGGCGCUAAGUCUAUUUUUUCCCCUUUAUGACAUUUUUUACCCAUUUUUUUAGUAAGAAGCCUCACUAUUUUCUAAACAUAAAUAAAUACACCGUGAGGCUUUUGUUUUGAAAAAAUGUUGAGUUUCCCCAACAGUUGCUCAAGAAAGAAAAAUGCAUUGAACUUAUUGAAUUUAUGCUGUGGUUCUAUUGAGCUUAUUGUAGUAUAGAUACUAGUGAUAGCAUCAUUCCCUUGGCUUUUAUUUAUUUUGUUGCUUUUAUGUGAUGUUAUGUUACAAAAAAAAAUGCCAUUAUUGAUUGACUGAUUGAUUCGUCAGUCAUCAUCUAAACUGCUUAAGUGUCCUUUCAUUCUAAUAUUUGCAUGUGCCAUAAUAUGAUUUCUUAGAUGUGUUUUUAUCAAAGUACAAUAUGUCAGUGUAUAAUCAAAGAAAUAUUAAUUCAGCUGAAGCUUGUUUGAACCUCACUCAAGAACUUGAGAAAGAUGGCUUUUACAAAUAUUGAAACAGAUUAUUUUUUGUGCUUGUUUUGUUGCUAUCAAAGAUUAAUGUAUUCAUUUCAGGAAAAAAAGCUUUUUUUUUUUUUUAACAAACAAGAUAAUUAUCUCAGAAUUAUGAAAAUGGUGUCAGGAAAAAAAAAGAAUUUAACUGAUAGAUAGAUAGAAGAUAUUAACUGAAGAGCAGAAUUUGUUCCUUGUAAACUUUUCUCAUAAUUCAAUGACAAUAAUUGUGUUCAUUCAGGAAAACAUAGCAGACUGAAUGCAUUACACUUCCAUAUGUUCCCUCAUAAAAUCACUUAAAAGAUAAGCAAGAAGAACCAUAGCUGUUUGGCCCCACUCCUUUAAGGUUUAUCUUAUUUGGAUGGCUUUACUUUUUGUCAAAAUAGGAAAAAAUCUAAAAACAAUUUCCAGCCUCUGUAAUGCAGGUAGUGUGCACACUGAGAAAAUUCAAUACAUUUUGUGAUGAGAAGGACAGGAAGAGACAGAUGUGAUAAAAGACGCGGGACAAAAGUGCACCAAGUUGUGCAAAGUGCAGUACUCAAAGAUCGGCAGUUAUUGAAUCAGUGAACUCACUGCCAUUAACCAGUAAUACAAAAUCAUCAUUAAAAAAAGAGGUGUUGUCUUUUUAAUUGGGAUAUUGUGGACUAACUUGUUUACAUGCACCUUGGAGCAAUUUUGACGUUCAGUUCACAAUCAGAAACAAUUUUGGCUCAGAUGAUGGAGGUCUAGAGAAGUGUUUGCUUAGUGAUCGCUUAAUGUAGUUUGAGUUUGAAACAUGAGGACCGUUGUAAGAAAGGACUCAAAAACCCCUGUCAAAGAGCCCUUCAAAUGUACUUAUCAUGCAAUGAUUCCAAGCGUCUUCGAGGGUGGAAAUAGGAAUUGGACCCCUGCUUAAAAAUGAGUCUUGGCUGUCUUCUAGCGAUCUGUUCUGUUAAAAAAAAAAAAAAAAUGUUCAGACCCCUUUAAACCAGAUGCGUGACUAAUCAAAACAUCUGUUAGCAAAAUACACAAGAGAUAGAGUUAAAAUCUUACCCUAAAUAAAACCUCAGCUUCUGUAAUGUGAUAUUAUCUCAAGUACUGAUGCAUGUAAACACAACCACUGCAAACACGAUGAGCAUCUAAUGGAAACAGACAGAUGUGGGAGCCCAGAUGUGUGAGACAGGAUGGGGAUCUGCUUGGGGUUUAAAUGCUUGAUAUUUUUUUUAACAGAAAUAGUUUUUAAAAAAAAAUUGAAAUACUCCUAGCACGCUAUUGUCACUGCAUAACGAGGUUUAUUCUUAAUGCACUAUAUACACUUUAUCUUAUGUGACUGCUACAGUAUAAUGUGUCAUUGCAAAUAUUAAUAUGAUUAUAUAGAAAUAUAUAUUUUUUGGUUUGGACUUAAUCUUUGUUAACCCUUCAUGGUGCAUUGAUUAUUUAACUUUACUAUCAUGUCAUGUACAGGUUGAUCAGGGGAGACAAUGCAAUACAAUGUAUGAUAAUAUGAAUAAAAGCAUGAUAAAUCUAUA